GUCCCUCUGUAUGUGAGCAAUACUGAGGAUUCAGUGUACUCUCUCAACCCGUGAUAGUUGGACAUGGAGAACUGCGGCUGAGGCUCAAGUUUAGAAGCACACAUCUGGAUUGUUUGUAAUCCACUUAUCGUUUGCUUGAAUUGUGGAUUGUAAGAGUGUAGGCAUCUGGGCUGCACAGGGGCAUAGUGCAUGGAGACUGAGUGGGGAGCAAGUUGAUGGGAGGGAUAAAGAAGACUGGAAUAAGGAAGAGGACAUGGGAUGGAGGAUAUAACUGCACCCUCUCUAGCUUAAUCUCAUCCACUUGUCCUCCUGGAUCUUCAAACUGUGCACCCAAACAUCCACUCCCUCAAAAUAUUCCACAACGGGAGGUGUGCAAUAACACCUGACCAUGGGGUGUUAGUCCAAACUAUUUCCUAAAGGUAUUAGAAUGAGCUUUGUUCAGUUCAGUUUAUUGUCAUGUGUACCGAGGUACACUGAAAAGCUUUUGUUGCGUGCUAACCAGUGCUUUAAACGUUGACAGUAAAACACCAGCACUACAGCAAUUACAUGUUCUGAUGUUACCGGAGAAGGAGGCUUUAGGCCCAUUAGGUCAAGGCCAGCUUUCAUACAAAUCCCAUCAAUUCCAUUCCCCCAAUUACUGCCGUGUAACCAAUUCUCUCUCAUGGCCCACCAACUCUACUCCUGCUUCUCCUGCCACCCACCAGACAAGCUUGGAUGCAAAGACGUUAGAAAGGGUGCAGAAAAGAUUCACAGGAAUUUUGCCUGGUCUGGAGGGCUUGAUUUAUAAGUAGAGACAAGACAGAGUGGGACUUGCUUUUCCUAGAGCAAUUGGGGUCGAGGGGUGACUCAGUCUGAAGAAGUGUCUCGACCCAUUCCUUCUCUCCACAGUUGCUGCCUGUCCAGCUGAGUUACCCCAGCAUUUUGUGUCCACCUUCGAGGGGUGACCUUGCUGAGGUCUGUAAAAUCGUGAGGGACAUAGAUAAAGGGGGGCAGUCACAGUCUGUUCUCUAGGGUGGGGAGAAUAAAAUUAAAGGGCCAAGGUUUAAGAUGAGACAGGAAAGAUAAAGGAUGUGAGAGACAGUUUUUUCACACAGAGGGUGAUGGAAUAUGGAAUGAGAUGUCAGAGAAUGUUAAAAGUGAGUGCAUUUACAAUGUGUAAAAGACAUUUGGACAGGUACAUGGUUAGGAAAGGUUAGGAUCGAUGUUACAUGCACAGGUUAAAGGUUAGUUUAGUUAAUUUUAGUUUCAUUUAGAUUAGUUUAUUAUCACGUGUGCCGAGGUACAAACGAAAAGCUUUUGUCGAACCAUUUACAGUGUAUAGAUACAUGAUAAGGGAGUACCGCUUAAUGCAAUGUAAAGCCAGCAAAGUCUGAUCAAGUGUACUCUGAGGAUAACCAAAGUGGUAGAUAGUAGUUCAGCUCUGCUCUCUGGUUGGUAAAUAUGAUUAGUGUAGAUAGACAUAUUUGUCUGCAUGGUUUAGGGUCGAGUGACUUGUUUCCGUGCUGUAUAACUCGAUUUAACCUACACUAACAUUAAUUUAUAAUAACCAAUGAACCAGCCUUUGAGAGGUAGGAAGAAAUUAGAGCAUUCUGGAGAAACACACACCUGUCUCAGGGAGAAUAUGUCAUCUCCGGCCAUACUGCACCUGAGAUCAGGAUUGAACACAGGUCGAUGGAUCUAUGAGGCACCAGUUGUUAUUCCUUUACCAUUUGUUAUGUGCACAACUAUUUAAAUUGCUUUGCCAUUUUACUCUGCGGAGCGAACAGUUUUUCCUACUGUAUUCCUGCGCUGUGCAUACUCAGAAUUAAUUUCGAAAUCUGGAUCCCAGUACUUGGUUAAUGAUAUCCAUGAAGCCUAUGUGCAUAUGUUCAGCUAUGUCAAUUCUUCAUCUUUGGAGAUUAAGGAGGAGGUUCCUUUCUAGCUGGGCUGAUUCCUUGCCCUUGUUUUAAUGGGUAUCUAUGUAGCCUUUACAUUCAACCUCUCUUGCUGUCUAUGUGGAGUUUGCAUGUUCUCCAUAUGAUUGCAUGGGUUUCUUACAGGUACACUGUUUUCCACCCAAUCACAGAAUGCCAUGGGGGUUGUAGUCUAGCCACUGCGAUUCAGUACCCUGUGACCCCAUGACUCUAGCCAGACAUUUGAGGUAACUGAAUCUGACAAUAUAUGGUCCUGAGGCAGACUUCAGAGACUUCAGGGACAAACCCUUCAUGCUAAAAUGGUUGUCUGAGCCCCAUCCAUCUGGCCUAUGAAUACUUCAAACACGAAACAUUGCCACAACAUUUGCAUUAAAAAAAUCAUGUCAAGCACACUGUGUGCUCAAAGGGAAGUUUUGAGUUAUUCAGGAUUAAUGAAUCAAUCAUUGAGAUGGAGGGGAAAGCAGUGCAGUUUGUGUUGCAAGUGGCCCUGUCUUAUCAGAGUCAGUAAUUGCCUGGGGCAAUGCACCAACAAAGUAUGUUGUUGAUGUCUUGUUUUCACACGGUACCCUUCCAUAUCUCUGUGUCUCCCUCUGCACGACUCUCAGUUUGAAGAAGGGACUUGAGCCAAAACGUCACCCAUUCCUUCUAUCCAGAGAUGCUGCCUGUCCCACUGAGUUACACCAGCAUUUUGUGUCUAACCUCGGUGUAAACCAGCACCUGCAGUUCCCUCCUACACAUAUUCAUGAGGUCAUAAGUGAUAGAUUAGGCCAUUCGGCCCGUCAAGUCUACUCCGCUAUUCAAUCAUGGCUGAUUCAUCUCUCCCUCCUAACCCCAUUGAUAUGGGCAAGACUCUGAAGUCUGCCUUCUCUCCACAACCUCUGACACCUGUACUAGUCAAGAAUCUAUCUAUCUCUGCCUCAAAAAUAUCCACUGACUGCCUCCACAGCCCUCUGUGGCAAAGAAUUCUACAGAUCACCACACUCUAGCUAAAGACAUUUCUCCUCAUCUCCUUCCUAAAAGAACAUCCUUUAAUUCUGAGGCUAUGAUCUCUGGUCCGAGACUCUCCCACUAGUGGAAACAUCCUCUCCACCUCCACUCUAUCCAAGCCUUUCACUAUAUAGUUGAAAGCCAUCAUACUGCAGAGGGUGGGGAUAGGAGAAAUUAGUUUAUACCAUUCAGUGUGGCUUGUCUGAAAUCCACAGCAUCAUUCAUUGCACCUUGCCGCCUUUGUGGUUGUGACGUCAGCACUGGUUCGUUGAGACUUUCCGGAAAUGCUGAAGUGAAAGCAACUGAAGACGCGGCUCGACAAGAUCUCAGUUCUGCUGGUUAUCAACGGUCUCCAGAUUGACGGCCCCGACACUGUUAAUCAAAACAUGCCUUCAUGGAGCAGGACAGUGAGAGAGAGAUACGGAGUGGCUAUUUUUAAUUUUGAGGCUGAGAAGGAUCGACAUCUCUCCUUAUGCGUUGGAGAUACUGUGCAAAUCUUGGAAAAGUGUGAAGGUUGGUAUAAAGGAUGCUUGAUGAAAAGCAAGUCACAACUGGGGGUUUUUCCAGCAUCAUUCGUUCAUGUCAAAGAAGCAAUCAGUGAGAAAAGAGGAAACACGGAGAAUGUUUUCUCUGCUGAAAUGCCACUGGUUCAGGAGGUCACCACCACACUGAGGGAGUGGGGCAACAUCUGGAAACAACUGUAUACGGUCGGAAAGAAGAAAAGAUUCAAGCAAGUCCGCACCAUGAUGUUUGAAUUGAUGGAAUGGCGAUCCCAGCUGCUUUCUGGGACACUGCCAAAGGAUGAAUUGAAGGAACUGAAGCAGAAAGUCACUUCCAGAAUAGAUUAUGGAAAUAGAAUUCUGGAACUUGACCUUGUGGUCAGAGAUGAGAACGGCAAUAUUAUGGACCCGGACGUGACGAGUGUCAUCAGCCUAUUCCACGCUCACGAGCAGGCCACAAAGCAAAUCACCGAGAGGAUAAAGGAAGAAACGUCCCAGAGUCAAACAAACAGCUGCAACUUUGCCCGUUUGGCAUCAUCGCCAACUCACGGCCUGUACGUGUUUGUACGAAACUUUGUGUGUCGCAUCGGAGAGGAUUCUGAACUCUUCAUGGCUUUGUACGAUCCACUGAAACAGUCAAUUAUCAGUGAAAAUUAUUUAGUGUCGUGGGGAAGCAAAGGACUCCCAAAAGAAAUCGACAUGCUGAACAACCUGAAAGUUGUGUUCACUGAUCUAGGAAACAAGGAUUUGAAUCGGGAUAAAAUUUAUCUGAUUUGCCAAAUUGUUCGAGUUGGGAAGAUGGAUCUGAAAGAGACAACCCAGAAGAAAUGUACUCAGGGGUUAAGACGACCCUUUGGAGUGGCAGUUAUGGACAUCACUGAUAUUGUGAAAGGCAAAGCAGAGAGCGAUGAAGAGAAGCAGCAUUUUAUACCUUUCCAUCCGUUUGUAGCAGAGAAUGAUUUUCUGCACUACUUACUCAAUCGUGUAAUUUCUACCAAAUCUGGGGAUGAAAAAGGACAAGGUCUAUGGGUGACAAUGAAAAUGUUGGUGGGGGACGUGUCCCAGAUCAGAAAAGAUUAUCCACAUCUGGUAGACAGGAACACAGUGGUGGCCAGGAAGCUGGGAUUCCCUGAGAUCAUCAUGCCAGGUGAUGUGAGGAAUGACAUUUAUAUCAACAUCCAGUAUGGAGAUUUUGACAAGUACAAUAAGACUACUCAGAAGAACGUGGAAGUAAUAAUGUGUGUCUGCAAUGAAGAUGGUAAAAUUAUUCCGAAUUCCAUUUGCCUGGGAGCAGGAGACAAGUUGGUCAGUGAAUUUCGAUCGGUCAUCUACUAUCAGGUCAAACAGCCACGCUGGAUGGAGACAAUCAAGUUGGCUAUUCCAAUGGAAGAAAUGCAAAGAAUACACUUGAGGUUCAUGUUUAGACACCGAUCAUCACUAGAAUCAAAAGACAAAAGUGAGAAAAAUUUUGCUAUGGCCUUUGUACGGCUGAUGAAAGAUGAUGGUACGACCCUGCACGAUGGUACUCAUGAACUCCUGGUGUAUAAGGGUGACAGCAAAAAGAUGGAAGACGCCAGUAUAUACUCCAAGUUGCAGUCCAGCCGCCAAGCGUCCGACUAUAAAGGCACACUCAGUCGCAGCAACACGAGUGCCGGCCUCUCCACCAGUUUCAGAGACACCUUCAUCAUCACGUCACUUGUGUGCUCUACAAAGCUCACACAGAAUGUGGGCUUGCUGGGCCUCCUGAAGUGGAGAAUGAAACCAGAGCUGUUGCAAGAAAACCUGGAGAAACUGAAGAUUGUGGAUGGUGAAGAGAUAGUUAAGUUCCUUCAGGAUACCCUGGACGCGCUGUUCAACAUCAUGAUGGAGCAUUCCGACACGGAGAAAUAUGACAUCCUCGUUUUUGAUGCUUUGAUAUACAUAAUAGGGCUGAUUGCAGACAGGAAAUUCCAGCAUUUCAAUGCUGUUCUUGAAGCCUACAUCAAGCAACAUUUCAGCGCUACCUUGGCCUACAGAAAAUUGAUGACGGUGUUGAAGAACUACCUUGAUAUAUGUUGUGAAGGCAAGCAGUGUGAACCAAUACUACGGACAUUGAAAGCACUGGAGUAUAUCUUUAAGUUCAUUGUGAGGUCGAGAUCAUUAUUUGCACAACUGUAUGAGGAGAAGGAGCAAGCCGAGUUUGAAGAUUCAUUGAAAAGGCUGUUUGAAUCCAUCAACAGACUCAUGACGAAUCAGCAAGGGACAACAAUUCUCCUGCAGGUUGCUUCUUUGAAGUAUUUACCAUCAGUGCUGCAUGAUGUGGAGACAGUCUUUGACGUCAAGUUACUGAGUCGGCUCCUGUUGGAGUUUUACACUGGCAUUCCACCGAAUAAGCUGCAGAAACAGAAGAUCCAGUCCUUGACUAAUAUUGUGCGCAGUGACCUCUUCAAGAAAAAAGAAUGCCGGGAUGUACUGCUUCCCAUGAUGACUGAAGAGCUGAAGGCUCUGUUGAUGCAAAAGGAUGAGCAACACCAAGAGCUGAAGCACUGCAUUGAAUUACUCAACAGCAUUCUUGAAGUGCUGAGUGCACCUAGUGAGGGAUCAACUCACAGCCAUCUUCAAGGAAUCAUAAAUAAUUUGCUGCGAAUUGUGAAUCAGAUGGUUAUUAAGAUGGGAGACCACAUACUGGUUAGUAACUUUGUGGCAUGCAUGACUGCAAUACUGAAACAGAUGACCAAUGAACAUUAUUCCUGUUACCUGGAAUCUUUCCGCACAAACCGAGACUUGGUUGAUUUCUUCAUGGAAACCUUCAUCUUGUUCAUGGCUUUGAUAAAAAAGAGUGUCUACCCUGCUGACUGGAUGGCUAUGAGUAUGGUGCAAAACAGGGUGUUUUUAGGAGCCAUUAACAAGUUUGCAGAAACAAUGAACCAAAGAUUCUUGGAGAACAUGAAUUUUGAGCAACAGCUGUGGAAUAACUACUUUCUUCUGGCCGUGGUCUUCAUUACACAAGAUUCAUUGCAGUUGGAACACUUUUCUCAAGCUAAAGGCACCAAGAUCUUGAACAAGUACGGAGACAUGAGGCGUCAGAUUGGGUUUGAUAUUCGUGAUAUGUGGUACAAGCUUGCACAGAACAAAAUCCACUUCAUCCCAGAGAUGGUCGGCCCAAUCCUAGAAAUGACCCUGAUUCCAGAGGUGGAACUUCGCAAGGCUACUAUUCCAAUCUUCUUUGACAUGAUGCUGUGCGAGUGCACUGUGUUCAAUAACUUCAGAAAGUUUGAAGAUGAGAUUAUCUUGAAGUUGGACCAUGCGGUGGAAGGUGGUUGUGGUGAUGAGCAAUACAUGCAGCUCUUCCAGACAAUCCUUCUAGAACAUGCUUCAAAGCAUCCGAACAUUGAAAAGUCAGUGCAACACUUUGUCAACCUGGUCAAGGGUCUCCUGGAGAAACUAUUGGACUACAGACUGGUGUUGAGCGAUGAGAGCAGAGGAAACCGCAUGAGCUGCACUGUCAACCUGCUGAAUUUCUACAAAGAUAUUAAUCGAGAAGAGAUGUACAUAAGAUAUUUGUACAAGCUUCGAGAUCUGCACCUGGAGUGUGAAAACUACACCGAGGCUGCGUACACCCUGCUCUUGCAUGCUAAACUGCUCAAGUGGUCUGAUGAACAGUGUACGUCCCACGUUAUGCCAAGAGAUUUUCACAUUUCGCAAACGCAGCGGCAGCUGAAGGAGACCCUGUACAAAACCAUCAUUAAUUACUUCGACAAGGGAAAGAUGUGGGAGGAAGCCUUGAACCUUUGCAAAGAGCUGGCAGAACAGUUUGAAAUGGAAAUUUUUGACUACGAGCUUCUCAGCCAGAACCUGAAAGAGCAAGCGACAUUCUACGAGAACAUCAUGAAGAUUCUGCGGCCAACUCCUGAUUACUUUGCCGUGGGUUUCUAUGGCCGUGGUUUUCCACUAUUCCUUAGGAACAAAGUGUUUAUCUACCGUGGGAAGGAAUAUGAGCGCAGAGAAGACUUUCAAGGUCAGUUGAUGACAGAGUUUCCAAAUGCUGAAAGGAUGAACACAACAUCGCCUCCAGGAAAUGACAUCAAACACUCCCCCGGACAGUUCAUUCAGUGUUUCACUGUCCAGCCGGUCCUCGAGGAACAGUCGCGUUUUAAGAACAAGCCCGUGCCUGACCAGGUUAUCAACUUCUACAAAGCAAACUACGUACAAAAGUUCCAGUACUCAAGACCAGUCCGAAAAGGAGUAGCAGAUCCAGACAAUGAAUUUGCCUCCAUGUGGAUAGAGAGGACCACUUUCGUCACUGUUUAUAAACUACCUGGCAUUCUCCGUUGGUUUGAAGUCAGUUCUAUUUUUCCUAGCACCAUCAGUCCCCUGGAAAAUGCGAUUGAGACGAUGGAGAAAACUAAUGAGAAGAUCCUCACCCUGAUCACCCAGUACCAGGGUGAUGAUCACCUCCCUAUCAACCCGCUCUCCAUGUUGCUCAACGGCAUUGUGGAUCCAGCAGUCAUGGGAGGAUUUGCUAAAUAUGAGAAGGCUUUUUUCACAGAGGUUUAUUCAAAUGAGCAUGCAGGAGAUUGGGAGAAACUGGCUCGAUUAAAGGAUCUCAUAGCAUGGCAGCUGCCGCUGCUCGGAGCCGGGAUUAAACUUCAUGGGAAGAGGGUGACAGACGACCUGCGGCCAUUCCAUGAUCGGAUGGAGGAAUGUUUCAAGCAGCUAAAGAUCAAAGUAGAGAAGGAGUAUGGAACAAGGGAGUUGCCGGAUAUUGAUGACAAACGGGCAAGUCGGCCAAGAUCCAUGCUGAGGUCCUACCGACAGGUGUCCAUGAUCUCCCUCUCGUCCAUCAACGCCGAAUGUAGCACACCGACCAAAACGAGUGCUGAGAUCUCAAUCCCAGACAGCCCGAGACCAAAGACACCGAUCCUGAAGGUGGAGGAGAAGGCACCCGACAGGCCCAUCAAGGAGGAAGGGGAGAUCAAGUUAAGGAAGGAGAGAAAGCGGCAGAAGAGGAGCAGUGUGGUGUUUGCUGAUAUCAGGACAGAGCCGACAGAGUCCAAAAGGCUGUCAAAGAAGCAGGAGUUUAUGAGUGACACAAACCUGUCGGAUGCUGUUGAGAAGCGCCCAUCUUCAAUGCUCAAGCAGAUGAGUUUUGCAAGCAGAUCCAUGCCAACAAUCCCAGCUCUAAUUUUUGCUGUGGCAAAUGGAGGUGAAGAACAAUCCUUUGAGCAGAAUGCAAUGAAGAGGAUGAGUCAGCAGAUGUUUGUGAUGCCCCCAGAGGAUGAGGGAGACAAGAAGGGAACCCUGAAAAGCAAAAAAGCUUCAUUCUUUAAGAACCGGCUGAGCUCAAAAAGCUCAGAAGACAAGUAGUCCAGGGAUAAACAUCCUUCACGGGUCCGUGAACAGGACUAGUUGGUGUGGCCUGCCUGACUGAGGAAAUGCAGCACCUGUGCCUCAGUCAUCUCAAUACAAACAUCAAUAUAUUUCUAAACCUUGUUGGUGUACCAUUUAUGCAGCAAAUGCAAAAUUUAUUUUUGUUUUAAAAGCUCGUGUUCAGUAACAUUAAUCCCAUUCUGCUGGGAUACUCAGAAAUAAAUCACAUUGAACAGUU